AUGACCAGCACUGCACACGUCGACACCAUUACCUCGGUUGCUUUGCUUACGACUGUUGUGAACACUUCGAGGCCAUUCUUCGUCAAUGGGACUUUCGAGACAAGCUUCCCCUUCUCUACCCCACCGCUCUCGUCUGCCCUAAGUGUCGCAGCAUCUGUCAUCGACAGCAUCACCGGAAGCCAUACUGGCGGCAGCACGAGCACCAGCACCACCACAAUCUUGACUACAGUUACACUUUCUAAAAGUUCCACCAGUGUUAGUGCCAUCAAGUCCACCUCGGACAAUGCCACGUUAGUGCUCGCUACAACAACUACCGCUUCCACUGUCCAGCCAGUCAACUCGGUGUUAAGCGCUGCGUCCUCCCUUCUCGGCAAUGCUACCUCAGUGAUUGAAACCAAGACUGUCACUACCUCAACUACUGCUACACCUCUCGAGUCCGUUCUUAGCGCCGCUUCAUCUGUCCUCAGCGUUGCCACAUCAGAAAUCGCUAGCAAGACUACAGGCGCAGGUACCACAACCACAACAAUCUACACGACUCUUCAAGCAACAGAGAGUGCGACCAGUGGUGUGAUGACUUUCACAGUGACUGUCCCGUUGUACUUCACUGCAACUACAACUUCCACAGUUGAGCAAUCUGUGACUGCUAUCAACCACUUCAAUACCAGCGACACCAUUGCAAGCAAGGAAUCAGCCACUGCAUUCUUUCCUUCUACAAAGCCCUUCGGUGUGCCCGUCCUCUCUGUUGUCUCGCCUACCGACAGCCAAGACGCCAACACUUUUACCAUCGCAAGCAAUGUGUCGUUGUCGCUACCUGUUGUGUCCGCAUCGGCAUCCACGUCUCAAGCCAGGUCGGCAGUCUCGGUGUACACUCCAACCGUGACCGGUGCAGCACCCUCCCUGCGCGUCCCUAGUGUUUUUGGUCUGUUUACUCGCUUCCUCAUGGUCGCCGACUUGGCCAAGAUAAAGAUCUUUGCCAGAGCAAUGAAUGAACUCCCGCAGCCUGGAAAAGAAACUGCCCCGCCUGCACCCAUCAUGCCUACCACCGCCCCUGGAGUCUCAGUAUCAGUCUCUGUUUCGGUCUCGACUGUGCCCUGCAACUGCACCGCACACGUCAAUGAAACCACCACGUUGACAGCAGCAGCAAACUCUACCAUCUGGUUGACCACGACGGUGCAGAGAACGUCGACCGUGACAGCGACCACAACGACACACAUUCCUACUGCGCAUCCUGCCAACUUUACGAUCACUACCACCGGUGCAACUGGUCCUGUCACGAGCCCCGGAAAUCCAACCGGAACUGGUAUCGGAGUUGAGGUGACUUCAGCCUCUCUUGUCGGGAACAUUACCGUGUCGUUGGCAAACGCCACAGUCGUCCCUACUGUCCAAACCACUGGUGCCACCAUUGUGCCAUUCCCCAACAUCACAUCUCCCAUUACCGUGGCGAAUACAGCAACAAUCAGCAGCACAACCUUGCACCCCACGGUGACAAGCUUCUUAAGCAGCAUGAGCAGCCACCACGCCACACAGACAUCCACCACGAGUGGUAACACCACGUCCUCUGUCACGACAUCGUCCUCGGUGACGCGUCUCACCAUGCACACCUUGACUGCCUUAUUGCUCCUGAUCGUCGGCGCCUGGUUCGUCUUGUGA